AUUUCCAUCCAUUCGAGUGUCAACUUAUCAUACCUCAUCACCAAUCUGACAGAGGCGGAGCCACUAGUGUCCGAGUAUCAUCACCAUUUUCCGGGAAAAAAAAGAAAUAAAAGAAAAGAAACUAACACACAACUCAAAACAGAAAGUUAAAGAAACAAAUUAUUUAUUUGCUAAAUUUCGAUUCAAUCAAGUUACAGCAACAAUAAAAUGAAGUACAGUUAUAUAGUCUUAUCCUUGAAUCCGAGUUAUGGAGGUCGGUGGUUGAGCAGCAGCAGCUCCGAGUCGACUCGGCCUGAGUUCACUGGCGAGAACGCGUAUGAUAUCUUAGGAGUUUCGGAGAGCAGCUCAUUGGCUGAAAUCAAAGCUUCGUUUCAUAAAUUAGCGAAACAAACUCACCCUGACCUCGCUCAUCACUCAAACGCCUUUAAUUCUCACCGUUUCAUUCAAAUCCUCGCUGCUUAUGAGAUUCUUUCGGACGCUGAGAAGAGGGCGCACUAUGACAGUUAUUUGCUAUCUCAGAGAAAGAAAGUGAUAGUGCCGAGACAAGGUUCGACAUUGUACAGAUACGAAUCGCGAAUGACUAUGAAUAAAGAGAUGGAAGUUGUUGAGUGGUUAAAGUGGUAUAGAUUGGCUAUAAAUGAUAUAUUGUCUCAGAGAGAGGUGGUGGCUGGAACUGGUUAUUUUGAUGUACUUGAAGCUGAUUUUUAUUCAGCCAUACAUGCAGCUUAUUAUGGACCUGUAAUUGAGUCCAUGGAUCUUCUUCCUGAUCGGUUUGAGGCGGAGGAAAGGUCUGUCUGUGAAACUCCUGAGGUUCUGCAUUUGGUUUCGGGUCGUCAUCUUUUUGGAAUGGUCUGCCUGGCCGACAAGAUUCCUAAAUUAUCUUCUGCCUCUACUAAAAAAUUAAAAAAUGCCUUCGCAUCUUUUGAUUUGGGAGUCUGUAAAUCUGUUGAGGAUACAUGUGUCUUGAAAAAUUCCAAUGCGGUGGAUGAUGCUGGAAUUUCUCAGAUGCAUCCAGGGAAUAGUGUAAGUGAUAAAUCAGAUGCAUAUGAAGAUUUAGAAUUGUAUGUUUCUGGAAGGGUGGUCGCUGUGGCAACUAGAGUUCCUCCUAAAAACCAGGAUGACAGAGCAGUACAGAAUGAAGAUGCACAAGAUCAGAUACAUGUUUUUCUUAACUCGGAUGAUGAUCUUGUGCAUGCUAGCAAAGGUUCUUACAAGGAAUCUCUUUUGACUGGUGCUGUUGGUGCAAGGAUUCCACUAGGAACUAUAAAGGGAAUGGGCAGCAGUCCUGAAGAGGGAUCAUGCUUUGUCUAUGAUGGCUGUGGUACCAAAACUCAUGUGAUGAUGAAACAUAGAACUUUGAUGGUGAAGCAUAUGCACUGGUAUGGAGUAGGAGAUAAAGUUUCUAUUGUUGAAUGCAGAUGCAGCAGAGCCCGAUUGCCACCAAGCAAAUUUUGGCUGUUUGAGCCUCGUUGUGACAUGCACGACAUAGGUGGUUGGUAUGUUGAAACAUUCGGUAGAGAUAAGAAAGGUCGGACAGUUCCAUCUCAAAGGUAUUGGGAUGGAUUUGAUGGAAAUGAACAAAAUGACAAUUUGGACUUUGAGACAAUGCAAUUGAGCUAUCUCCAUCACUAUAUCUCCAUCACUGUGCUUUGUUGAGGGCAUGUUGACUGCUAGCUGAGUUGGCUGAUAUCACAAGGUGGUAAGAUAAGCUAUGCUUUUACUUCUCCUCAUUCAUGUGAAUUAAAGAAUGUGCUUGUUAUUAUAUUGGAUUUUCAUAUACUCUUAUGCUAUUUAUUUUAAUAUAUUCAUUAUGUGUAGCCUUUCACGUGUUAUGAGCUUAUAAGAUACUUUGACCCUUUUUGGCCCAAGGAAAAUGCGUGAUUUUACAUCUAUUCUAGUAUCAAUUAAGGGGUUUUUUCCUUCAUGCUAUUCAACAAUUAUUUUUUGAUUGGUUUGUGGCCUGGCAUUUCGCAGACUCCUGUUAAUAUUUUGUUCUUGUAAUUGCUUGAUAUCAGUAAUGUCACAAAAUACAUAAUUUCACUAGCUGUGGUGAUCUCUCUGAUUUAUUCUCUCCUAUCAAAGUUAUGUGCACACACACAGUGCCAGAAACAUUGAUAAUUAAGAAAAUGCAUGGAAUAGUAUGUUGUUGGCAGAAAUAAUUCAAAAUUGAUUUUUUUAAACAAUGCCUCCACUUAUAUGUUCCCUUCAAGGCCUUUGCUGCCCUCAACCUUUUCAUAUAGAUGAUAGAGAGAGAGAUGCUAACCUCAGUUGGCUUUACCCACAUUUGUCCAUCAUACCAUCCACUCUCUUCAUAGGGGAUCACUGCUGACAGAAGUCUAUCACCAACAUAACUCCAUCCCUGUGGUAUGCACAUUAAAAUGUGGUAGUUUCCAAAGGAUUACUUUAGAAAAAUGUAUGAAUUGAUGUUAAAAUGGAAAUGACUGAAAAGGGUGCAAUUUGAAUGUUAAUUAGUUGGGAUCACACCUCUUGUAUCUCCUGCAUACUGCUGGUUUGAUUGUGCAUUCAUCUAGACUACGUGGUAGUUCUAUAUUAGGACAAUUAGAGAAAAGAUAUGUUACAAUAUUUUAGAAUAUUCUACCAUGGUAUGUUUUUAAUGUUUUGAGUGGGUAAAAUAUUCUUACUGCCAGAGUUUAGUGUUUGAAUAAACCAUUGCAGAACAGAUAUAUCAAACUGUGCUUCACAACUGUAACACUUUUCAACGCUACCACUUUAUGAUUUUUUGAUAAGAAACUACCAUGUUAAGAUAACCCUCUGUUCAUGCAGUUAACUUUGCGUCUAGCCUUCUUCCUGAUGAAUUGAAUAGAAUGUGUGGUGGAGGCUUUAAGAAUAUGGCCAUUCCAGUUGAGGAGCACCUUUCAGAACCUACCUUUUUUGGCUAAUACAUUCAGCGAGGGAGUGACUACAAACAAACUGGUUUUCUGUUAGGCUUCUCAUAGUUAUUUCCCCUAGUAGUUUCCACCAUCACAACCAGUCAAAUGAUUUGUUUUAUUCCUAUAUUUAUGAAAAGAAUUAUUACUCCAUGACAAUACUGAGAGUUCUUUGGAUUGUGAUUUUGAUGGGUGUGAUGUAACAAUGAUGAUGAUGAAAAGAAGAUGAAGAUGAUACCAGAUAUAUUCUUAAGAUGA